ACGAUCAAUACAUGAUGCAAUACGUUUCCGAAAUGUCGUGUAGAUGUCGUAAUGAAAGGAUUUGCACUUCGGUUCGGACAGUCGUCGUCCGCAUAAAGUGGCAUGAACUACAUUCAACUACAUGCAGUGCGGUUAAUGCAGCUGGGUGAUUAGAUGCCGGGAAGAUGAGAGUUGGUUAAAGGGGAGAGCACCCGAAGGGGUGGCGUCGACUCGCGGCAGACGGCACCUCCUUGGUGGCAUCAUCGACGUCCCGGCACAUCGUAACAUAUCCCAGGAAUUUUUCACGAGGGUUAUCAACGAUGCUCGCACAUGUGUUUGAGAAACAUGGCCGGUUCUGUGCCGGUCAUCCCUUCGAGGUAAUCGUAAUGGUCUUCACUUUGACAGCAUGUAUGCUUAACAUGGAGACAGGAGGUGGACUAGCACGUGAAGAGAACUUAUCUGAUGCAGUGUACUGUCAUCACAAUAAAUGCGAUAUUAUGAAUCUAAAAGAGACUGAUGUUAUAGUGAUGACAAUAAUACGCUGCUUGGCGGUGCUGUUUACUUAUCAUCAAUUUCGUAAUUUGCAAAAAAUGGGAUCUAAAUAUAUUUUAGGUAUCGCUGGCCUGUUUACCGUGUUCUCUAGCGUGGUGUUCACUUCCACCGUUAUAAAUUUUGGCCGCAGUGACGUCGCGGACUUGAAAGACGCCUUAUUUUUCUUUCUGCUUAUUAUUGAUCUCACGAAGGCCGGAACAUUAGCGCAAUACGCGCUAAGUUCGCGGAAUCAAGAGGAAGUCAAAGCGAAUAUCGCACGCGGUGUGUCUCUACUGGGACCAGGCAUCACUCUGGACACCCUCGUGGAAACCCUCGUGAUCGGCACAGGAGCCUUAUCGGGUAUGAGAAGGCUGGAGAUCCUCUGCACCUUUGCGUGCUUCGGAGUGAUUGUCAACUACAUCGUCUUUAUGACAUUCUAUCCAGCCUGUUUAUCGCUUAUACUUGAGCUUUCUCGCGGGAGUAAUAAUAUGGGCCAAUUGAGCGCGGACAAGAUAUUUAUAAUGCAGCCGUUAAAUGAGGAGGAUCAAAAACCAAAUCCUGUGACGGAGCGAGUCAAGAUGAUCAUGAUCGCUGGUCUAUUCGUAGUAUAUGCGAACAGCCGAUGGCCCUUUAAGAACGAAAGCGAGGACGCGACGAAAAUGGCAAUGACAUCCACGAGCUCGAAUACGACUAAUGGUUCUGAUUAUACCGAGAAUUCCGAAUUAAGAGAACAUCCGAAAACACCUUGGCUAUCAGCCAGUGCGGACAAUAUUGUGGUAUUGAUAUUGUUAUUAGCACUGGCUAUAAAAUUCAUUUUCUUCGAGGACAGAAACGACGUGGUUGCCAAACAACUAAAAUUCAAGGAAGAGGAAGAGGAGGAAGAGAAAGAGGAGAAUGAAGAGGAGAAAAAGGAGGAAGCGACAGUGGAGGAGAAAGUGGAACUUCUUGAUAGCUCCAAUUUGAACGAUAUAGAUACCACUAUGAACAUAUGGUUACGAGAACGUUUCGGCGUAACGUUACCGACGAUUCAAGAACAGCCGGUCUUUCCUCUGUCUGGUGUAGGUGGUGGAUGGGGUGAUGAGAGUGAUGUGGAAUACGCUGAUAAGGAGAUACAAACUGAGAUGAUACAUCGUGACGCGAGCGAUUCUGGCGAAAUUGAUUUGUCACUAAAGAAGUUUGAAAUUCCCAGAAGCGUGAAAGAUUGUCUCGAGAUAUAUAAAUCAGAGCUUGGAGCCAGUGCCCUGUCGAAUGAUGAGGUGAUACAACUGGUGAAACACAAGAACAUAGCUGCUUAUCAAUUAGAAAAAGCAGUGGGCGACAUGGAGCGCGGUGUCGAUAUUAGACGUCUCGUCGUAGGUGACGCUGGCAAAUUCACCGAAGAGAUGCUCGAUUUGCCAUAUAAGCACUAUGAUUACAGCAAGGUACUUGGCGCCUGCUGUGAGAACGUAAUCGGCUACGUACCUGUACCAGUUGGCAUUGUUGGGCCAUUACUGAUCGACGGUCAGUUGUAUCAUGUGCCGAUGGCGACAACGGAGGGUUGCCUGGUGGCAUCUACUAAUCGUGGCAGUCGUGCGCUUUUGAAAUGUGGCGUGACCACCCGCGUAACGGCGGACGGAAUGACCCGAGCACCCGUAGUACAAUUCCCGGACAUUGUACGUGCAUGCGAGGCAAUAUCGUGGAUAGAACAACCGCAGAACUUUGAAGAACUAAAAAACAGCUUCGAUCAAACCAGUCGCUUCGCUCGUUUAAAGAAAAUUCACCCUCGCAUAGCUGGUCGAGAUCUGCAUCUACGCUUUGUCGCGACAACCGGUGACGCCAUGGGCAUGAACAUGUUGUCGAAAGGAACAGAGAGAUCUCUGCAGACAUUGCAGACUUAUUUUCCGGAUAUGGAAAUAAUUUCCCUCAGUGGGAAUCUCUGCACCGACAAGAAGCCCGCGGCCGUUAACUGGAUUGAGGGGAGAGGUAAGAGUGUGGUGUGCGAAGCAAUCGUACCUGAGGAUGUCGUGACGCGCGUACUGAAAACUUCGGUCCACGAACUUGUCAAACUCAACAACAAGAAGAACUUGACUGGUUCAGCUUUAGCGGGCAGUAUAGGCGGUUUCAAUGCGCACGCAGCUAAUAUCGUGACAGCGAUUUUCAUUGCCACUGGACAAGAUCCCGCGCAGAAUGUUAGCAGCAGUAAUUGUUUAACGUUGAUGGAACCAUGGGGUGUAGAUGGAAAAGAUUUACGUAUAACGUGUACAAUGCCCAGCAUAGAAGUCGGAACGGUAGGUGGUGGUACCGGUCUGCCUGCACAAGGAGCAUGCCUGGCGAUGUUGGGGAUCAAGGGUGCGCAUCCUACGGAACCCGGCCAAAACGCAAGACUACUCUCUCAAAUUGUUUGUGCCACAGUGCUUGCUGCAGAGCUAUCAUUGAUGGCUGCAUUGGCCUCUGGAGAUUUAGUCAAGAGUCAUUUGAGGCAUAACAGAUCAUCUGUCCUAAUUAGUAACUCGGUGCACACUACUCACAGUAGUACGGACGGGAACAGGCUAACUGUGCCAAACGUUUUGCCAUUCUAAGAUCUUUGUGCAGAUUUUACGUAAAAAUCUUAGUACAUGGCAGACAUAUAUUUUUAUCACUUCUCUAUGAAGCGGCCUGUUGUUUACGUUUCGCACCUGUCUCAUUAGUGUUCCAAAGAAACAAUUAGUCAAGUAUGAAUGUUUCUGCUGUAUGCGAUGAGAUGUAGGUCGAACUCUACAAUGUAUAUAUUCCAUUUAUGUAAAUAUGUAUAUGGAAAAGUGUUUCGAUGGAGAAGUGUUCCAACACUCUCUGUCUCUUCCCCUUCUCCCUCCCUCUCCCUCUCUAUGGUGCUGUAAUGUAAAUAAUAAAGUUUUUAACUAUUCUGAAAAUCUCCAUAUAUUGUAUUAAUUAGGAUUUAUUUCGUUCAUAAAUUGAAUGCCGGACUAAAAAAACGAAUACGUAUAAGUUUUAACGGAAUAAAGAGA